GCCAAGAAGUAACAGCUGAGCAGCAGCAUCGAGAGCUGCCUCUCAUGUCUUCUAGCUCACUUAUCUGCGUCGUUUCGCCCAAAGUGCCGCCUUUCGUCGAGACGAAGAGUCGAUUGCGAAGAACCAGAGGUGGCUCGGUAAUCUCCGCCAGUCUGCGGGUGGCCGUGCCGCCUCCCUCCUCCGAGAAGGUGGUGUACGAGGUCGUGCUCCGCCAGGCGGCAUUGGUGGGCGAGGCGCGGAGGAGGACGCCAGCGGCCGUCGAGGUCCCCAUCGCACCGCUGCGAGGAGACCUCCUCGAUGAGGCCUACGAACGCUGCGGCGAGGUCUGCGCCGAGUAUGCCAAGACCUUCUAUCUCGGAACAUUGCUUAUGACACCAGAGAGAAGAAAGGCUAUCGGGGCAAUCUACGUAUGGUGCAGAAGGACCGAUGAACUAGUCGAUGGCCCCAAUGCUUCCCAUAUAACACCCACUGCUCUGGAUCGCUGGCAGCACAGGUUGGAAGAUCUAUUCGAUGGUCGGCCUUACGAUAUGUAUGAUGCCGCUCUAUCAGACACUGUAUCAAAAUAUCCAGUAGACAUUCAGCCAUUCAAGGAUUUGAUCGAAGGAAUGAGAAUGGAUCUGCGGAAAUCGCGAUACAAUAACUUUGAUGAGCUCUAUCUCUACUGUUACUAUGUGGCUGGUACGGUCGGCCUAAUGAGUGUUCCUGUAAUGGGAAUUGCUCCAGAUUCAAAAGCCUCCAUAGAGAGUGUCUAUAACGCAGCACUAGCUCUUGGCAUUGCUAAUCAGUUGACCAACAUACUCAGGGAUGUAGGAGAAGACUCGAGAAGGGGGAGAGUGUACCUUCCGCAAGACGAAUUAGCUCGAGCUGAUCUAUCAGAUGAUGAUAUUUUCAAUGGAAAAGUGACCGAGAGAUGGAGGAGCUUCAUGAAGGGUCAAAUUAAGCGAGCCAGAAUGUUCUUUGACGAAGCUGAGAAGGGCAUCUACGAGUUGAAUUCAGCUAGCAGAUGGCCGGUUUUGGCCUCCUCGCAGCUUUAUCGACAGAUCCUUGAUUCCAUUGAAGCCAAUGACUACGACAACUUCACGAAGCGUGCCUACGUAGGAAAGGCGAAGAAAUUGAUCUCAUUGCCCAUAGCAUAUGCCAAGGCAUUGGCGAGCCUUUCAAGAUAGACAGCAGUGAUUUUUUUUUUUUUUUUUUCAGUUUCGUUC